AAUAGGGGACGUCUCUGCGCAGCCUAUCGGAUUCCGGGAUGCAAUACGCAUCCAAAUGAAAAGAACGCCAGUCCUCGCGCUAAUCCUAGUCUAUCCUUUUUAUCUGGGGACUCAUAGCAGUCUGAUCACUAUGGGACAGCGGAGUGGUGGAGACAAGCCAUGCGGAUGACAGUGCUGUAAAUGACACACAGGUGGGGUGGGGGAACCUUGUCUGGCUCCAGCGGCUGCAGAGUGUAGAUGUAUAUAUGCAUGUAGGCGCGCUGCGUAACAGUGGGCCAACAUGUUCCUCGUCCUGGUCGUGGGGCUCUACGCGGCCACGGGCGGACUUUUCUCCACGGUCGGCUGCUGCCCGUCUCAGUGCAGCUGUUUUUACCACAACCUGAGUGACGGAUCCAAGGCCAGGAGUGUGAUUUGCAACGAUCCAGAGAUAUCCCUCGUGCCUGUGGGGUUCCCGGUGGACACGUCCAAGCUCCGCAUCGAGAAGACGGCCAUCCAGAGGGUACCGAGCGAAGCCUUCAACUACCUCUCCAGUCUGGAGUUCCUGUGGAUGUCCUUCAACACGCUCUCCGUCCUCAGCGCCGACAGCUUCCGGGGCCUCUUCAACCUGGAGGAGCUGCGCCUGGACGGCAACGCGCUCGUCGCCUUCCCCUGGGAGUCGCUGACGGACAUGCCCAGUCUGAGACUUCUGGAUUUGCACAACAACCAGCUCACCUCGCUUCCGGCGGAGGCCAACGCACACAUCAGGAACCUCACCUACCUGGACCUGUCCAGCAACAGCCUGCUCACCUUGCCCGCCACGGUGCUCUCCAACUGGCUGGCGGUGAAACCGGCACAGGGCCCGGAGAGCUCCAAGAUGAUCCUGGGUCUCCAUGACAACCCCUGGGUCUGCGACUGUCGCCUCUACGACCUGAUCCAGUUCCAGAAGUCUCCCACGGUCUCGGUGGCGUUCAUAGACACCAGGCUGCGCUGCUCCGCCCCCGAGAGUGUAUCGGGCGUUUUGUUUAGCGACGCGGAGCUGAGGCGCUGCGAGCUGCCACAGAUCCACACGGCCGUGGCGCGGGUCCGCAGCGGCGUCGGGAAUAAUGUGCUGCUCCGCUGCGGGACGAUCGGGGUCCCCAUUCCGGACUUGACAUGGCGCAGGGCAGAUAAGCGGGUCCUCAACGGAACAGUCCAGCAGGAAACGUCGAAAGAUGGCAUCACCUGGUCCAUCCUCAGUGUUCCGGCUGUGUCCUAUCGUGAUUCCGGGAAAUACAUCUGCAAGGCCUCGAACUACGCAGGGAACGCCGAGGCGGUCAUUUCUUUAGUCGUAUCGAAUUCGCCAAAAACUGACAGCAACCAAACCAGCAAUGAUAAAAAAGCCAAAGCCAAAAAAUCCAAUGCUGUCGGAAAAGCUGCCUAUCAAGAGAAGCUGGUGGCUAAAUACUUUGCUUCAACCGCCGCCCCUACAUUGGCACCUGUCUUGGAUCUUGGGGUCCCACCCAAACUCCCUGACCCCAGUUUGGACGGUUACAGCCUCUCCGACCGACCGUCACCGGACCGACCGUCACCGGACCGACCGUCACCGGACCCAGCCACAGACACCUUCCUGGAUCUAGAGAAAACCAACCUCAGCAACCUGGCGGCGAACACCUCGUCCUUGCAGCAGGACCCAGACCGAGUGGUCCGCUCCGUCAAGGUGGUGGGCGACACGGACAAUACCAUCUCUCUGAACUGGCGAGCUCCCAAAGCCAAGAACACGACGGCCUUCAGCGUGUUGUACGCCGUGUUCGGAGAGAGGGACAUGAGGAAGAUCAAUGUGGGGGCGGGCCAGAACCGAGUGACCAUUGAAGGGCUAGUGCCCAGGACCAAGUACAUCGCCUGCGUGUGUGUGAGGGGGCUCAUCCCCAAGAAGGAGCAGUGUGUCAUUUUUUCCACGGAUGAGGCGGCGAGUGCGACCGGCACGCAGAAGCUCAUCAACGUGAUCGUCAUCACGGUGGCUUGCAUCAUCGCGGUACCCCUCACCGUCAUCGUGUGUUGCGGGGCCUUGAAGAGACGAAUCCAGAAGUACUGGGGGAAAAAAUCCAAGGACAUCCAAGAUUCCUACGUGACAUUUGAGACACUGUCGCCCGGGACUAAAGCCAAAGGUCUGGAAGGGGAAUAUUUGAACAGACUCAACCCCGAAGAGUCCAACCGGCUGCUAUCGGCCCGCUCCAGCCUGGAUUCCGAGGCCACGGCGAAAAUAGAGGGACAGCCUAAUGAGUACUUCUGCUGACGUCAUGCUC